AUGAUAAUUACAGUUUUUGAAUUUGGCUGUGCGCCCGAAAACGAGGUUCGGAACGGACUCCACAACGGUUGCCGGAUGUAUUCCACAGUCACACGAUACCCCCUGAGAUUCGUUGGGGACAACCACGCUGUCGCUACGCCAACAGUUCCCACACGCCUUACCAUUGUUACCAUGCCUCGACAAAAAGCCGGCAAAAGCCCGGUCUUGGAUGCGGAUGAACGGGAGGCAGAUUUGGAGACGGCCCGCGAAGCGCUUUUGAACGCCGUCGAAGGAAACAACGGGGACGAAGAGAUCGCGGCGUUGUAUUCCACGACACCAGUUCUGCAGCUCUUUCUAUCGAGCAACACGAGCAUUACGCUCAAAGCUGGGCUCUCAUCAAGAGAACAAACGCAGCUGCUCUUGGAUUCCGUCAAAACCUGCAGUAAAGCACAGGCUCGGCGUUUGUUCGCUGGUUUGAAAGGUAUCGUUGUCAAGUUAGUCCAGGACGAAAUGUACGUUCCCGAAUCCGCCUACGACGACGGAAAAAGAAGUCAUGUAGACAACGAUAACGUCUUUCCAGACCCCGAGUCAUCCAAGGCUCUACACUUUCUCCGCAUGGCGACUCUCUGUCUGCAGGCGUACUUGGAAGUUUGUGCCGAAAAGCACGACAAUCCGAAAAAACAACUACCAAUGAUAGGGGAAGCGCUGGAACUCGCACAAACCCUGCACGACACGCUCUUCUCUCUCGAUUCCUGCGGAUCCGACGCUUUGGCUACCCAGAACGCGAUUGUCACGCUCUGUGAAACUUGGUGGCUACGCAACGCCAGUCAACGAGAACUCCUUUUGGUUCAGUCCCUCCCCUUACUAGUGGUGACAGCUCUCGGAGACGCCACGGGCGUGGCGCAAAAGUCGGAUGUCAAGCGGCUUUUCCAAAUUCGGGAUGCCUUGCAGGUCAUUGACUUUUCGGACGAUUCCAGCGAAUCACUGCGAACUCUUUUGCUGCGUAUGGCCGCGUCGCCCCAAUCGUUACGCAGUCCCGAAGGUCGCCGGUUUUUAGCCUACCUCUUUUACGUUGACGAGAGUUUGCAGAAAGAUCUGCAUCGUGCAUUUAGGGCACAAAUUCCGGACGCGAGAGCUUCCGUUAUCGAAGCAUACAGUGAGAUAUACUGGCGGGCGUGGAAAGAAGCACCCGAUGUCGUUAUUCAAGAAUCCAUUGAAUCCAACGUCCUAUCCGAUCUUAUCUACGCUGUUCUACACAUUGCCAACCCCAACAUGGCCACUUCGCUGAUGACUCUUUUGGAACCCUUUCACGACGCGAAGAAAAAUGCCGACGUAGAAACCUUGUUGCAUCGUAUGUAUGGUCCAAUUCUUUGGCGGUCUCUUUCCAGCGCCAACGCACUGGUCCGCGUCCAUGCUACCACCAUUCUCGCCGAGGUCUUUCCCCUUCAAGAACCCUCACACACCCAGACUGAAAAAGCGAUUCACAAGGCUGUUGCGUGCCUCAAGACGGUUUUGCAGGAUCGGGAUGCUCGAGUCCGUGUUGCGGCAUCCAUCGCAACGACCACGAUCCUUUCAACAUACUGGGACACAAUUCCAGCCACCGAAAUUCGAAGUCUAUUGAAUCAUAUUGUGGCUGAGCAUGCCUCCGACACUUCUUCCGCGGCGGUCCGUGCCGGGGCUCUCACUGCGGUCAGUCUUUUGUUGGACGCAACACAGUCACACGCGGUCCUGCGGACGUUGUUGCCUGCACUUGGCAAUUUAAUCCACGACAAGGUUGAAAAAGUGCGUUUGGCCGCGGUCCGAAUGUUGCUCCGCAUCAAAAAGAUUCCCGGUAUCAAGUACUAUCACGUUGUUCCGGUCGAUCACCUGAAAGCUAGACUUGCCGAUGAAGGUCGCUCGAACCCCACCAGUUCGGUGGCAUCGUCCUUGACGGCACUCAUGAUGAAUUCAUACUUUCCCCAGGGAGAAGGAGUGUCAGCUAUGGAUCAGAUGGAACGUACUAUUUCCUUUCUCUCGACAGACCCAGCGGCGGCGGCUGUCUUCUACGCCAACUUGGCUGACUAUUUCCCGGUUCCAGCGGUGGCCAAGCUAGCAGCCGUACUGUUGCGAUGUCUCCAUUCCUCGGUGCAAGCCGAAGAAGAAAAACAAGUGAAUGCGGUCGAUAUCGAUCAGGGACGCAAACGUCGUCGAUACGGAAAGCAACAGACGGAGGAGGACGAAGAUCCGUCCGAUGCGUCACUUCUUUCCGCUACGAAUACGGCGCUCAUGGCAGGUCUGGCGGAAACUAUUUGCACCCUGUGGCAAUCGAUCGAGGGGCAGCUCAACAAAUCCGAAAACGAAUGCACGAACGACUAUCUGGUAAAUGCAUUUUCGGGAUCCGGCCUCACCAGCGUUCUCAACUUCUACGAGCAAAUGGCUGUAUCGGAGGAUGAAGGUAACGGAGAAGAGCUUGGCAGUGUCCAGGAAGACUGCUAUAGGAUCUGCGCAGCUGUACUGAGAUCAGCAGGCCGCCUACCAUCAAAAGCUGUCAAAGGGCUCGUGCCGCACAUUUCGGAAAUCCUUGCGUCGCUUUCGGAACCGGACACUCCCAGCGUUCCUCGGAAAAAGGUGUCGGCACACAUCGCUCUACUAUGCUUGUGGGAUAUGACCGAAGAAGUCGCCCCUUCCUUGGCCCAAUCCAUCGAAGCAGCAUUUGAGAGUCAACACGAACUAGCUUUCUCGUCCCCUUCGUCGGACAAUAAGAAGCGACGCAGUGGUCGUCUAUCCAAGGCAAACAAAGAAUUAGUCGUACCAUCCUUGCCUUCCCGUGUCGCACUGAGCGUUCUGGGAGAUAUCUUACGUGGCUCCGAUCCUAGCAGUAUCGCGGCACGCGAAGCUCUUCUCUCGUCUGAGACUGCGUGCAGCGUACUGGAAAAGGCAUUGGAGCGGGGGACGAGACACGCCGAACGUCUGUUGAGUGCUGAUCCGACCUAUGCACAAUCGGUGAUUGACGAGGAAAUUGACUAUAUUCUGCAGGUUUGCGAAGCUUAUGGUCGGUUCGCUUUGCACAAAGAAGCCGUUUCCCAAAACACGGUCAAAUUUAGUCCCGAGGCUCAGCGCCUUGUUGCUUGGACAACCCACAAGGUUGUCCCAGCCUUUACCCUCCAGGGCGACGGACCAUUCGACGACCCAAACUUAUCACAGAUUGCUUUGGAAAAAAGCUUCGUAAGUUUUCCACUGUCUCCUAUCCCAACGGGGCCCGCUAGACGCCGUGCCAAUCGGAAUCAUACACCCAACCGACUGGACAACACUAUCGAAACUCCAAGGACGGUCGAAAAUACCUUUGUCUCGAAGCACGUCGCGAAGGAUUUCGCAGUCUCUCUCCUCCAGUCUUCUUGCGUUAUACUUUCGGAAUGGCUGGCAGUGGGAGGAUCCGGUGCCAGCGAAAUUGCUACCGCGGCGGUCAGUUGGUGCACAGUUUUUUCGAGCAAUGUUGUCGACGACACGUUGAAUCAGCUCCUGACCUCGUUCACUCGAUUGGCAUCACAACUCUGCAAAACGUCGGGAAACUUUUCUCUUCUCAAGCAGCUGUUGCUAUCGUUUCCCGAACCGCAAGAUGCGGGUGAAGAACCGUCGCCUAUCCGCACAACAAUUUCGGCAUUGGCUACGAGUCGUGGGAAGGCCACGGGAACGACGGUUACCCAAACAAUCGCCUGUGUCCUGGAGGCUGCCGCGGAGCAAUUGGUCCGUCUCCAAACCCAAGUGAGUGAUCGACUACCCGAUUCCUUGGGGGAGCUGUGGUCCGUACCCGAGGGAUGUGUGGGGUCCGCGUUGACGGCGGUGUUUCGGAGUCGUGCCGCGGCUCGGGAACUGGCAGCCCAAAUUAUUGACCAAUUCGAGCUCGACCACACGCGGCCUCAACCCACCGGUAGCGUUGCCCGGUUUCACGUCCAGUGUCUGUGGUUACUAUGUGACUCGCAGUCCAAUCCGGGAGCGGCGGACGUGAUGAAAAUGGUAGGUCGCAUCGAUGCGGAUAAGGUGGAAGCCGAAAAUGGACUGCGUGACCUGUUGGCCGAAGUACAGGACGUGAUCCAUCGGGUUUAACACAGAUUGUAUGGUAUGUAGGGUCCACGGCAAGGAUUG